GGACUAUUUGAAUGGGGGGUGUGUGCGUGCCUUGGACUGUUUGAAUGUGACAGGCUCCAAAUAAUGGAGCCUUGUUGAGUAAAAUAGCAGUAAUAAUAGCAAUGAUGAUGGUUGACUCAGGAAAAGGUAGAGACAAGUGCAGUUUCUCUGCUCUCUUCAUCAUUCUUCCUUGUUCCCCAGUUACUGCUUCCCCCAGUCUGUGAGUGCACCCCUCUGCUGUGGUUUGCCUGCCCCGUCUCAAAGAGGUUGCUUUUCUAGCUCAUGAGUAAAUAUUGACCUACUUGGGUUUCAGAUGCCUGCCCCUCGAAACUCCUGCUGGGCUAGAUAAACACACAGGGAUAACAUCUCUUGAGAAUCAGAGCUGCUUUUGGACAGGCUAAAAUGCAGUUGACCCCCUCACUGAGUCCGUGCAAUGGUCAGUGCUGUUCUGCCUCCCCGGGAUGGUGGCAGACAAAGGCAGGGCACUGGCCCCUGCCCUCCCUCUAGGAGCUUGUGGUCCAGUUGGGGAGCUAGGACUCAUAUACUGGGAAUGCUUGGAGGUUGUGUGCAAGACAGCUGCAAGGAUCCUGAAUAAGGAUUCUUGCCUGAGUAGGUGGCCCUCUGUGACCACAAGAUCCCUUCCCUUUCUCUGGUUUUAAGUGGAAUUCAGUCAAGUGCCAAAAUGUUUGCUGAAGACAAUGGGCAAUACGGUUUAGCAGGAAAGAGAGCUUGGCCAAUGCUCUGUGGGGAGGAGAUGAAAACAGGGAUGGGCUGUGGGGGACAAGGCUGGGAGGAGUUACUGUGGUUUGUUAAUCCACUGGUAUGCAUCUCCCUGACAUGUCCCUGGACCUGCUCCUGGACCUCCAGCUCUCGCUAGGGCCUUCUGCCCUGAGUCUCUCUCAGUUGCAUGCAUCCAAAGCCCAGUUCCUUUCUUGCUUGUAUCCUGUGCUUUCUUCCUCUCUCCUGUCCUCUCAACCUCCCCUGGCUUGGACCCUGCACCUCCCUUCCCAGUCCUCUGAAAUGAGCUUGAUUAUUUUGUCAGGAGAGGCUGCUGCCCAGGCUGGGAAAUCCAUGAGUUGGUCUUGUCUCAGUGAGUUGGAUCCUAGUGAAGAUCCAGGCCAGCUGGAAGGCUGGAGACCAGAGGCCAGGAAGGCUGAGGUUCCCAGGCAGACAGGGAAUCAACUUCGAGCAUUAAUGUGGAUGUAGGGUCAAGCCAUGAGGCAGAACUGGCCUGACCAGUCAGAGGCCCAGGGAGGGAGAUCUGAUCUCAGUUUGUGUCUGUGUGUGUCUGUGGGGUUAAGCAGAGGUUAUGACGUGUGGUGGUCCCAAAUUACCUUUCUAGCUCUGUAGGGUAGAUCUCCUCCCUGUCUGGCUUCUAGCCAAGUAGCUUGGUUCCCUGUUCUUUGCUGCCUCCUUAGGCCAAUGGGAAGCCAUGAGGCAGGCAUACAUUGGGUAGAGGCCAUCCUAGAGCAGGUGGGAAAAGUGUCUGCUUUGUGGGAGGCUGGGGUCCUGGGAAGGUCCCAUCCUGAGGCACUUUAGAGUAAGCUGAGAUGCUUGAAGCCAAGGCUGACCCAGGACCUACCUUGAUGGCCAAGGAGAGGAGCCUGUGAGACCAAGGCAGGGAAUGAGUUGGAACGGUGCCAGCGGCAGGCGGAGGAGGUGACGGAAAUCAUGCUCAACAACUUCGACAAGGUCCUGGAACGCGAUGGGAAACUGGCGGAGCUGGAGCAGCGUUCAGACCAACUCCUGGACAUGAGCUCAGCCUUCAGCAAGACAACCAAGACCCUGGCCCAGAAGAAGCGCUGGGAGAACAUCCGUUGCCGGAUCUGCUUGGGGCUGGUGGUGGGCUUUGUCCUGCUCAUCAUCCUGAUUGUGCUGCUGGCCGUCUUUCUCCCACAGACAAGCAAGGACAACAGUGUCCCACAGGCCCAGGACACAGGCAUUAUCUCAAGGCCUGGGGACUGACCCAGCUUGGCCUGGAGGAGAGGUCGAAUGACCGCACUGGCUGGUUCUAGUCUCCAGAGAACCCUGGCGUUUGCUCCCAUCUGAGCCACCCCAGUGAGUGCUGAAGGGCAGCCCCAAUGUGUCCACCUUUGCAUCUCCUAUCAUGCCACAGACUGGCCCUUGAGGGCAGCCUGCUGCACUGGCCAUGCCAGGCCAGCCUCACCUGGAGCUCAGUAAAAGCUGCUGUUUGGUUAAAA